AUGACAGGCUCAAGCUCAGUUUCUACGACAAUGUUUAUUGCUCUACUGCUGAUCACUUGUUACGCCCUCGAAAUUGCCGCGAAACGUGGCUGCUCGUCCUUCGGGCACUCCUGCUACGGUGGACACGGGAAAAGAUCGUCGUAUCCAGAAGCCCUUGAAUUCGAUGUGGUGAGAAACGAUAAUGAUCUUGAGAUGAAUUACGAUCCGGAUAGAUCGAACGCCUGGAAUCUGGCACUUCUGCCCUCCCAAGAUUACGAGCGUCACGCGCAAAAUACACUCAAUUCAAUGUACGAGCAGGCGCUUUCUUGGUCCAUAUUUAUUAGAAAAUUGGAACGAUUAUUUGACUAA